AUGGCUCAACUCCUGCGCAGCAUACUCACCUUGAUCGAAGUGUUCCAGAAAUAUGCCAAAGAGAAUGGGGAUUGUACCUCGCUGUGCAAGAAGGAGUUGAAGCACCUGCUUUUGACUGAGUUUGGAGAUGUCCUCCGGCCUGUUAUCAUCAGCUGGAUGAUGGGUCAUGUGGAGAUAGCAAUUCUCAACAAGAAGAGGAGAAGGAGGGAACAAGAGACCAUGGGUUUCCAGGAAAUACAAGCAGACAACAAAGACAGAGGCAUGAAGAAGAAAGAUGGGACUCCCACUAUGGUCAGUCUGAGAGACAAGAGAGGGACUCACGACAUGGUCAGUAUGAAAGACAAGACAGGGGCACCCACCAAGGUCAGUCUGAGAGACAAGAGAGGGACUCUCACUGUGGUCAGUCUGAGAGAGAAGGAAGAGAUUCCCACCAUGGUCAGUCUGGGAGACAAGAGAGGGACUCCCACCAUGGUCAUUCUGAGAGUCAAGAUAAGGACUACCAUCAUGGUCAGUCUGAGAGACAAGGAAGAGAUUCCCACUGUGGUCAUUCUGAGAGCCAAUAUAGGGACUCCUACCACGGUCAUUCUGAGAGGCAAGGAAGACACUCCCACCAUGGUCAGUCUGAAAGCCAAGACAGGUAUUCCCACUAUGGCCAUUCUGAGAGACAAGGAAGAGACUCCCACUGCGGUCAGUCUGAGAGACAAGAUAGGGAUCACCACCAUGGACAUUCUGAGAGGCAAGGAAGACACUCCCACCAUGGCCAUUCUGAGAGACAAGGGACAGACUCCCACUGUGGUCAGUCUGAGAGAAGAGAUAGGGUCUCCCACCAUGGUCAUUCUGAGAGACAAGGAAGAGACUCCUACCACGGUCAGUCUGAGAGCCAAGGGAGAGAUUCCCACCAUGGUCAGUCUGAGAUCCAAGAUAGGGACUCCCACCGUGGUCAUUCUGAGAAACAAGGAAGACUCUCCCACCAUGGUCAGUCUGAGAGCCAAGGGAGAGAUUCCCACCAUGGUCAGUCUGAGAGCCAAGAUAGGUACUCCCACCAUGGUCAGUCUGAGAGCCAAGAUAGGGACUCCCACCAUGGUCAUUCUGAGAGACAAGGAAGAGACUCCCACCAUGGUCAGUCUGAGAGCCAAGAUAGGGUCUCCCACCAUGGUCAGUCUGAGAGCCAAGAUAGGGACUCCCACUGUGGUCAUUCUGAGAGACAAGGAAGAGACUCCCACCAUGGUCAGUCUGAGAGCUGGGAUAGGGUCUCCCACCAUGGUCAUUCUGAGAGACAAGGAAGAGACUCCCACCAUGGUCAGUCUGAGAGCCAGGAUAGGGUCUCCCACCAUGGUCAUUCUGAGAGACAAGGGAGAGACUCCCAGUGUGGUCAGUCUGAGAGCCAAGAUAGGGUCUCCCACCAUGGUCAUUCUGAGAGCCAAGGGAGAGACUCCCACCAUGGUCAGUCUGAGAACCAAGAUAGGUACUCCCACCAUAGCCAUUCUGAGAGACAAGGGAGAGAGUCCCACCACGGUCAGUCUGAGAGCCAAGGGAGAGACUCCCACCAUGGUCAGUCUGAGAGCCAAGAUAGGUACUCCCACCAUGGCCAUUCUGAGAGACAAGGAACAGACUCUCACUGUGGUCAGUCUGAGAGACAAAAUAGGGUCUCCCACCAUGGUCAUUCUGAGAGACAAGGAAGAGACUCCCACCAUCAUCAGUCUGAGAGCCAAGAUAGGGACUCCCACCAUGGUCAUUCUGAGAGACAAGGGAGAGACUCCCACUGUGGUCAGUCUGAGAGACAAUAUAGGGAUCACCACCAUGGUCAUUCUGAGAGACAAGGGAGCGACUCCCACCAUGGUCAGUCUGAGAGCCAAGAUAGGGUCUCCCACCAUGGUCAUUCUGAGAAACAAGGAAGAGACUCCCACCAUGGUCAGCCUGAGAGCCAAGAUAGGCACUCCCACCAUGGUCAUUCUGAGAGACAAGGGAGAGACUCCCACUAUGGAAUCAGGUCUUGGCAAUAGAUAUGGGCAAGAAACUGAUUCUCAAUAUGGCCAGACAGUCAACCAAGCCCAGAGUUCCCACUAUGGUCAGACAGAAAGACAAGGCCUAGGAUCUCAGUAUGGCCAGACAAACAGACAAGGCCAGAGUUAUGGUCAGACAGACAGACAAGCCCUAGGAUCUCAGUUUGGUCAGCCUGGCAGACAAGGCCAGAGUUAUUGUUAUGAUCAGACAGAGAGACAAGGCCUGAGCUCUCCAUAUGACCAGAAAGACAGACAAGGUCAAAGUCAUUGUUAUGACCAGACAGGCAGACAAAGCCAGAGUUAUGAUUAUGGUCAGACAGACAGACAAGGCCUGAGCUCUCCAUAUCACCAGACAGAUAGACAAAACCAGAGUUAUUGUUAUGACCAGGCAGGCAGACAAAGCCAAAAUUAUAGCUAUGGUCAGACAGAAAGACAGGGUCUAAGCUCUCCAUAUGGUCAGUCAGCCACAGGGGAAAAUAGGCAAAACAGGUACUUCCAAGAGAAAGAGGGAUCUAACAGAGACUCGUAUGUUGAACAACCAGGGAGGUCUGGGAUGCAAAGUCAACAGACUCAAGGACAUAGAUACCAGCCUAGCGAAGCACAGUGGGCCAGCCACCAGGCCUGGGGGAGUGAGAAGGAUAGCUACCUCCCCCAACACAAACUUGUGGCACAAAUCCAGCAAGAAAGGCCAUCAUGCAGUAGUGAGCAGGGUCACAGACAGACCCAGACCAGUCAGAGUUGCACUGUGGGGCAGAGCCAGAAAAAGGAAGAGCAAAACCAUCAAAACUGGGGUAAAUGUGGUCAGGAAGGUAAGGAAAGUCCAUGUGAAGCACGAGGCAGGAAAAGCCAUGAAGAACAAAGCCAUCAGACAAGAGGUAGGCAAACCCACAGAGAGGAAGAGAGCUGUCAGACAAGGGGCAUGCAUACCCAUGGAGAACAAAGCCAUCAGACAACGGGCAGGCAAACCCAUGGAGAACAAAGCCAUCAAACAAGGAGCAGGCAAAGCCAUGGAGAGGAAUCCAAGCCCAGCAAGUCCUAUCCCUAA